CAUGGCAUAGAAUCACCCCUGUGGUUGGUAAUGGGUUCUCUCUCCGUGAGUCAUCGCGGACAUAUUACUUCCGUGUUCGUUUUCGCUGUGUGAGCUGCUCACAGCGUCUCCUGAACAGAACACACAUCGUCAAUGUUAAUCAACAUCUCACGAUAUUAUAAACACAAAGUAUUUUUGUUGAAAUAGAUUUUCUGAGGCACAGUGAGGAACUAUUCUGGGUGCAUCCUCGGGUCAUGGCGAGCACAGCUCCCGCUGAGAACGUGGACCGAGAGUUGACCUGCUCCAUCUGCCUGGGCACGUUUGUCUGCCCCUCCACGCUGAGCUGCGGCCACUCGUUCUGCCUCCAGUGCGUGGAGGACGCCUGGAAGGAGACAGACUCCUACUGCUGCCCGCAGUGCUGCAAAACCUUCCCUCUACGACCCGAGCUAACCAGGAACGUGACGAUCGCCAACCUCAUAGAGCAGCUGCGAGUGACUGAGACCAUGGCUGCUGCUGCUGGUGGUGUUGUUGUUUUCUGUGACAACUGCCCAGAAGGCAAGACGCCUGCAGUGAAGACUUGCCUCAAGUGUGAGAUGUCCUUCUGCACGGAGCACCUCGCGCCUCACCUGGAGAGAGCGAAGUUGAAGGACCACGUCCUGAUUUCACCAGAUGAAGAACGCAAGUGCAAGAGGCACAAACAGGAGCUCAAGUUCUACUGCAAGCAAGACUUCAGCAUCGUGUGCAAGGACUGCACCAUCGCAGGUGACCACAUUGGUCAUAAGUUCAUCACACUGGAGGAUGAGCAUCAGACACGGAAGAGUGAAGUCGGAGAGGAGACGCAAGUUGUGGAAGAGAUGAAGAGGGAGACGGAGGCGUCCGUUGGAUGGAUGGAGGCCACUCGCAAAGACGUGCAGGGAUCUAUGACUAGGUUGAAGGAACGAAUCAAAGCCGAGUUCACCCGUCUGAGAACGGCACUCGAUGAGGACGAGAGGACGGCUUUACAUCGCGCGGAACUGAAGGAGAAGGAGCUGCUGUCCCAGAUCGACAAGAACAUCGCUCAUUACAAGCACGAGAUCAGCGAGCUGCAGGACGCUGCCACGCGCCUGCACACUCUGAUGGAUGAGAGGGACUCGCUCACGUUCCUGAAGGGGCACCUGGAGGAGACACGCAGGGGAAAGGUUCCUAAGAAGUCUCUGCCCCCGGCUCCUACUCCACUGGACACCUCCACGAUCCGCUCCCUUGAGAGAGUCAUGCACAGACUGCUCCCUCUCGUCUACGGAUGCUCACCGACUCUAGACCCAAACUCGGCCUGCAACUACCUCCAGAUUUCCUCGGACCUCAGGACGGUGACGCUGACCACUGUCUCCCAGGGUCGCCCCGAUCACCCACACCGCUUUGAUGGCUAUGCACAAGCCCUGUGCUCCGAGAGCUUCUCGUCGGGUCAGCACUACUGGGAGGUGAACGUGGGGGGUGCGGCGGAGAGCUGUAAGGUUGGAGUCGCGUACGGGACGAUCGCACGGAAAGGGGGUGGUGACGAGUGCAGCCUCGGACAGAACGACUCAUCCUGGGUUUUACGUAAAGAUAACAACAGCUGCUCAGUGUGUCAUGGUGGUGUAGAGACCUCAGUGCCGGUGAGGGAUCCUCCCCGGAGAGUCGGGUGUCACCUGCACUGGGAGGCGGGGCUGCUGUCGUUUUACCGCGCCGACUCCAUGGAGCUGCUGCACUCCGUCCACCACUCGUUUAGUCAACCGCUCUACCCCGCACUGUGUGUGUAUGGUGUUAAUGGUAGCUCAGUGAGGAUUUUGGAUCUGAGUCGUGCGUGCUGAGAGCACGGAGUGUGAGCAGCGCAGAGAAACGGGCACAACGCACAGACUCAUGCACACAAAGACACAGAUCCCCCGUGUAGCCUUAACAGGCUGCAGGGGUAAGGGCUGGUACAGAGCACCUAUGAAGGCCAGCACGGCACACAGGAGGUUGGGGGGCCAACACCAUGCCCAGCCGCCUUUGUCUUCCCAGUGUUGACGUUUGCACACCGCACCAGUGAAUCAUGUGAGGCUGAGUCGACCUAGGGGAUGCCCAUGACCGGUUUACAAACACCAUUGAUAGCGAUUAUUUGAAUCGGUCUUGGGUCUCGCCUAGGUCGGCUCAGCCUCAAAUGAGAACCUGCUGCGGUGUGUAAACAUUAUUCCUGGGAAUACAAAGGCGGGUCUCUCACAGACUGGCUUUCAUAGGUGAAACUCACUAACAGCACUUAACUCAACAUUAUUUGAAAGCUAUGGGGGGGAUCUUUGUCUUCGGGUAAGUGGGUUGGUGUGUAAGCCUUUGUGUGUCUUUGUUAUUGUGUUUGUGUCUUUGUUACUGUGUCUUUGCCUGUCUUUGUGUGCGUGUCUUUGUUAUUGUGUUUGUGUCUUUGUUACUGUGUCCGUGCGUGUCUUUGUCUUUGUGUGUCUUUGUUACUGUGUCUGUGCGUAUCAUAUAAUUGCUAUCAAUGAUGUUUGUAAACCGGUCAUGGGCCUCCCCUAGGUCGACUCAGCCUCAAAUGACUACCUGGUGCGAUGAGUAAACAUUACCCCUGAAGAUACAAAGGCGGGUCUCUCCCAGGCUGGCCUUCAUAGGUGAAACUCACUAACAGCACUUAACUCAACAGUAUUUUAAAGCUAUACGGGGGAUCUUUGUCUAAGUGGGUUGGGGUGUAUGCCUUUGUGUGUUUUUGUUAUUGUGUUUGUGUCUGUUACUGUGUCUGUGCGUGCCUUUGUGUUUGUGUAUUUCUGGGCGUGGUGCUGCCUACCCACUCCCUCGUGUCACAGUGCCGGCCUUCAUAGUUGCUACUCGCUACGAACAGGACUUGCCCCAACAGUCUGUUAAGGCUACACGGGGGAUCUUUGUCUUUAGUGUAUAGAGGGGCAUGUGCGUAGUGUGGGGUGGAGCGGUGGUGCAGUGGUUAGCGCACUGGUGGGGGAGGGCGGGGGGAGCCAAGCUUCUCUCUGACGUCAUCGUCCCUCGCACCGCGCGCCGCGUGGCGCUCAACGCCGAGAUGGCGGAGCUCCACCGCGGGCGUGCUGGGAACACGCGUCACGUGACGCUGCGGGGUGACGCGCGCCGUCCCCCUCGCGGUCACUCGCUCGUUGGGCGAUAAACCCGGGGUGGGAAUGGGAUGGCAUCACUCGGGGGGACUACUCGUGGUGUGUGCCGAGCGUCACUGGGAUAAAACAUUUUUGUUAUAACCAUGGGGUCGAGGGACUCCUCCAUCCACCAAAGUAGGCAUAGAGAUAGAGAAGCCAUUUUAACACAUAGUAAUAGUAAGAGGGCUUUCGCCACCAAUAUUUUUCGUGAUAAAGGUUUGUUUUGUUUAACGUUUUAAUUAUCUGCUUUCAGACUGAUACUUUGGACAUCCAGCCACACCCGACAAAAAUUGGAAUUGUCUUUUGUCUUUGAAGUCUGUUAUGUAAUUAAGCCUGAUAUAUAUCUAGACUCCUAGAGUGAAGAUCUACCUUACACUACAACACAACUAAUAUUAUUUAUAAUAUAGGUUUAUGGGUCAUAUCGCGUUAUUUAUAAAUGUGUUGUAACCCUCCACCACCCGACACGGCCAAACAGUAAAAAUAUGUGUCACGUUUUCAAAGGACAAAAUAAUUCACUUCUUUAGCCCACCGGUGUGCUGAAGAGAGGAUCAACAGCAUUUUAAAAUUUGAGUACGACGUUUCGCUGAUAAUUACAAUCAGCUUCAUCGGGCAAGAAUGGUGAAGCUGUCCUGUUGCUUCCGUUCUUAAAUAGAGCAGCAUCAGGGUGACGUCUCAUUUAAUUCAAUUCAAUCUGGUGCAGUGAUUCGAGGCAAGGAGGGGGGGGGGGUAUUGUAAUUAUAUAGAUUGGUAAUCAUUCAAUUGUUACUCAUUGGUAUUUGUUUCCCUUAUAAGGAAUUGUUGUUAAAUUGACCAACAACUAAUAUUGCCUCAACAUGCAAACACUAUUUGUUAUUACAGGGAGAGAGACACUGCAAACUACAAAUAUACAGCAGCCGUCAGGGUCGGAAUCCAACUCACGACCUCCUGCAUACCAGUCGAGGGAGUUAACAUCUCCUAGCCACCACGGCGCCCCUCCCUAACGUGAGACACCAAUCCGGUGUGAACCCAACCUCGAGUCUCAGGCUGUUUAGCAACACGUAGAUGAUUUUGGACGCAUUGAUUAUAUCGUACCAGUUGUGUACUUGUGUGAAUGCUAAUCUCAUUGUGCUCUGGGCUGUGUGUGAGCUUUCUAAUUGCUUCAUUGCUAGCAUCGGUUUGACUUGUUUUGCUUUUUUCAUUUUUGUGACCCAGGUCACUCUUGUCAAUGAGACUCAUCCUGAUCUCCUGAGUUCUCACCUCGUUGAACUCAAAUUCAACUCGACUCGAUCAUCAUCAGCAUCAGCAGAAGUGUCAUCUGCAGCAGAAUUAGUAACAGCAGCAGAACCUACAGCAUCGGCAGCGGUAGCUCCAUCAUUAGCAUCAUCAUCGUCAGCAUCAGGAGUAGUACUAACAGCAUCAAAAUAAUAUAAGCAUUUUCAGCAGCAACAGAAUUAUCACCAUCAGCAGUAGAAGCAGCGAAUGCAGCAGCAAUCACUCUUACAGGCGAGACUCAUCCUGGUCUCUUGAGUUCUCACCUGGUUAAACAAAUUGACUUUAACACGUAGGCUUUCGCGACCAAUAUUAUCAAUAAUAAAGGUUUCUUGGGUUAGAUCUCGUAAAUAUACAUAGACUUGAUUGUGUUCUGGGUUACCUGUGAAUUGGAAUCACAUUUUAUUGUGGGUCAAGGGUCCAUGUG